CAAGCUCAACAAUACCGCAAUCAUGGGCUACACUCGCGAGGAACUGCCUGUGCACACCAAGAGCACUUCGCUCUUUAAUCACCUGGAGACCAUGCCUGGAGACCCCAUCUUUGGAUUGAUGAGCCUUUACGCCAAGGAUCCGGCUGAGAAGAAGGCGUCUCUUACGAUUGGUGUUUAUAGAGAUGAGGAGGGCAAGCCGUGGGUGCUGCCGACGGUCGAGAAGAUGAUCGCAGAAGACGUGGCCACAAACCACGAAUACCUGCCCAUGGAAGGCCUGCAUCCUUUUGUCGAAUCAGCACGCGACCUCCUCUUCGGAAACCCUGACGCUGCUCUGACUUCCCGCAUCGGCUCUCUGCAAACCAUCUCCGGAACCGGUGCUGUACAUCUCGGCGCCCGCUUCCUCAACGACAGCCUCAAGCCAGCCACCAUCUGGGUCAGCGAUCCCACCUGGGGCAACCACCACGCCAUCUUCGACAUUGCCGCUCCCGAUGUGCAGCAGAAAAUGUACCCCUACUACGAUGCCGCGACCUGCAGUUUGAACUUUGAGGGCAUGAUGAGUACGCUGGAGGAACAGGCUCAGCCUGGCGAUUUGAUCUUGCUGCACGCGUGCGCGCAUAACCCUACUGGUAUCGAUCCCACCAAGGACCAAUGGAAGCAAAUCGCCGAUUUGUGCGAGCGCAAACACCUCUUCCCCUUCUUCGACUCUGCAUACCAGGGCUUUGCCUCUGGCGACAGAGUAGGUGCUUUCCACAUUGUUGCUGCCAGCGAGGACGCCAGAGAUAAAGCACUAAGUCACCUGAUUUAUCUCCAACGAGCCGAGAUCUCCAAUCCUCCCGUGUAUGGCGCCAGAAUCGUUGCCUUUAUUCUUCAAAACGCAGAGUUGAANGAGGAGUGGGAGCAAGAUUUGCUCAUCAUGAGUGGCCGUAUCAAGACCAUGCGAGCAGCACUUUACGGCGAACUGGUUGCGCUCUCCACACCGGGCUCUUGGGAACACAUAAUCAAUCAGAAUGGCAUGUUUAGCUACACUGGGUUGUCAGAGAAACAGGUGUUGAGUUUGAGAAAGGAACAUAUUUAUUUGCUUACCUCGGGCAGAGCGAGUAUUUCGGGCCUCAAUAGGGAUAAUGUUAAGAUGGUGGCACAGGCUAUUGAUAAGGUUGUUAGGGAGUCCGGGGAUGCGCCUGCUGCUGGGGCUGCG